AUGAACACCUACUCCACACCCGCGUACGGCCCAGGCAGUUAUGGAGGGGGCGGCAGUGGUUCGGGUUAUCAAAACUGCAUGCAGAUGUGUGCUGCAUCUUAUGGCGCUCCUAUGAUGGCAUCCUCUUCAUGGUCCGCUCCCCCCGCCACAACUAGUGGUUCUGGUUGCACACACACCGUUAUUGUUGCUCCUACACAGGGCGUUCUACGUUAUGUACCUUUCGCCAUCAAUGCAUCUGUUGGUGACACAGUUGCAUUUGUCUGGAAUGCCAACAAACACACUGUUACAAAGUCAUCCGAACUGGCGAUCUGUAAUAAGACUUUGGACAUGCCAUUUGCUUCUGGGGUGCAGAAUAAGAGCUUCGUUUUCACCCAAAAGGUCAACGACACCAAUACAACAUUCUUCUACUGCGGAGUCCCCGGACAUUGUCAGAAAGGAAUGUUCGGUAUCAUAAACCCUCCUAAUGCUUUAAUGGGUAGCAACUCAUCAGUCUCCGGUAUGAUGCCUGUCAUGGCUUCAAACAGCUCGAAUAUGACUGCGAUGAUUCAGUACACUCAGAUGGCGACGGCGAACAAUACCAUGGCUGGAAAUUGGGGUGGAAGCAUCGACAUGAGUGGCAUGCCUUCAUCGUCCUAUCAAUAUAUGCUCGAAAAUGUGAUGUAUACGCGAACCUUCUUGGCCGCCAACCCGGAAGUUUUGUCAGCAGACGGCGUUGUCAACCUGUCUAGCGCGGGAACCACACCACUUAUAGUUCCAAAUGACAUCACCGCCGCUGCCGUCAAUUCCUCUGCAUACCCUGGAUCCUCCACUUCCGGAUCACCGACUACAGGGGCUUCUAGCAGCAGCAGCCCUUCAACAACAUCGACAAGUGGUGCCAGAAGCCUCGGUUCAUCAAGCAUUCUCGCCAGCAUCGUUGUCGUCUCCCUUGCGUUCAUCCUAUGA